UCUCUCUCUCUCAUGGCUUCCUUCUUCUUGUUCUUGUUCUUCUGCUCCCUUUUCCCUGUCUCUCUCUCCGCCACUGCCCAUCUCUCCCUUUCUUUCCCUCUGUUCACUCCACAAUCUCGACCCCCAAGCACCACUGCGACCAACUCUCUCCAUGACUCUCUCAUUUCUAGACCCAACAACAAAGGUGGCGCGCCCUCCUACAACUACAAGCUUCCGUUCAAGUACUCCAUGGCUCCCAUCGUCUCCCUCCCCAUAGGAACACCUCCCCAGACGCAGCAGAUGGUUCUCGACACCGGAAGUCAGCUUUCCUGGAUUCAGUGCCACAAGAAGAAGCCCGUCGUCCGGCCUACUCCUCCGGCAACCAUGUUCGACCCUUCUCUCUCCUCCACCUUCUCCAACCUCCCUUGCAGCCACCCCAUCUGCAAGCCCCGAGUUCCCGACUUCACCCUCCCCACCACCUGCGACCAGAACCGCCUCUGCCACUACUCCUACUUCUACGCCGACGGCACCCUCGCUGAGGGCAAUCUCGUCAGAGAAAAAUUCAGCUUCUCCAGGGCCACCAGCACCCCGCCUCUCACUCUCGGCUGCGCCCAGGACUCCAGUGACACCAAGGGCAUUUUGGGCAUGAACCUUGGCCGCUUGUCCUUUCCUUCCCAAGCCAAAAUUACCAAAUUCUCCUACUGCAUACCCUCCCGACCGGUUCUAACCGGCACUUUUUACCUCGGUAAUAACCCCAAUUCCCCUACUUUUCAAUACGUUGACCUGUUGACUUUUGAUCAAAGUCAACGCAUGCCGAAUUUAGACCCUCUGGCCUACACAGUGGCGAUGCUUGGGGUGAGACUAGGCGGCAAGAGGUUGAACAUUCCGCCUUCAGUGUUCCGGCCCGACGCGGGAGGGUCGGGUCAGACCAUGGUCGACUCCGGAUCCGAGUUGACUUAUUUUGUGGACGAAGCAUACAACAAAGUGAAAGAAGAGAUUGUGAGAUUGGUGGGGCCAAAGUUGAAGAAGGGUUACACGUACGGUAACGUCGCCGAUAUGUGUUUCGAUAGUAACAUCGGAACAGUGAUAGGUGACAUGGUGUUAGAGUUUGAUAAAGGAGCCGAGAUUAUGAUACCAAAAGAGCAAAUUCUACACAAUGUGGAAGGCGAAGUGUGGUGCGUGGCGAUCGGGCGUUCUGACAUGAUCGGCGCGGCGAGUAACAUAAUCGGCAACGUUCAUCAACGGAAUCAUUGGGUAGAGUUUGAUUUGGCAAAUCGUAGAGUUGGGUUUGGCAAGGCGGAUUGUAGCAGAUCGGUGUGAAAGCGUGAAGAAGCAAGAGCCUGAAAUAUAGAUGCACAGUGGUGGACAAAGGAAGUCAUUUUCGUCAUGAUUUUACUCAACUAGCUAGGUGCCAGGCAAUAAGUAGUGAUAUCAAUGCUUGGACUAUUUCAAGAAAACAACAAGCUAGAUUGAGACUAAUGUAAAUACAAAGGAUGUGUGGGAUAUCUUAUUUUGCUUCCAAAAAUUGAUCCUUUUCUUUUUCUUG